AGCAAAUAUCGAAAUGACCCAGAGCUUCUGGUUCUGUUACUUAUUCUAGCUAUCAGCAUCUUAUUUUCCUUUCGUCUGCUUCGCAGCUGUCCAGAGCUGCAGAAAACGUACACUUCAUACUGCUUGGAGCUACUUAAUACUGAUGCUGUUUUGUUUGUAUUAAGAUGAUGACGCCCGGAAACGGGAAGGUGGUUGCGGCGAUAGGGUCACUAUUCGGCAGCAGCAAGGGGUCAGACUGUGUCGUCCGGUUCUUUGUCGAGCAAGGCCCUGAGCAAGCCAUUGCGAAACGGCAGCGGCUUGCGGAUGGCUUUUCAAGCAAGGCUGUCGAUGUCGAGGACACUUUCAUCGGCGAUCCACUACCCGCGCACAAGCUCAUCCUAAGCUGCGCCUCGGAGCGGUUUGAUGCCCAGUUUGAGCGCUGGGCGAACGCAAGCAGAGAAGUGCAGCGCGAGCAGCCCCAGAAGGGCGAGGCACCGGGCGCGGACGAUGAACUUCCUGAAUUGCGCAUUCCGCUGGGUAGCGAGGAGGAGGUACCAAGCGCCCUUGCCGCCAUCAAGUUUUCAUAUACUGGACAGAUUGAGCAGGAUGACAUUCGUGGGGUGCUGGAGGUUCGGCGCCAGGCGGCUUAUCUGCAGAUUGAUGGCUGUGCUGCGGCAUGCGACGAGGUUUUGCAAAAGCAGCUGGAGAGCAGUGACGACGUGGCCAGCAGCAGCGGCGCAGGCGGCGACGCCUACAGUGACAGCGGCGAGCAGCGUGGCUUAGUGCUAGACUUUUACGCAUGUGAAGCUUUAUUCUGUGAUGUCCUUGAGGACCCAUCCUUCACCGCCGUCCUCAACCUUGCCAAGGGGCAACUCGUGACGCACUUCCGCGACGCGCUGAACACCCUCAACACACCCUCCCUUCGGCAGCAACUGCAAAAGUUGCCAGCGGUGGCAGUAGAGGCGCUGCUUGACUCGGGCGAUUUUGGGACCGACAGCGAGUCUAGCGUGCUACUGAUGUUGGCUGCGUGGAUGCAGGUAAACCACGGCAAGACCGACGAGGCGACCCGCAAGCGGCUGUGCCGAAAGGUGCGGAUGGUGCAGCUUAGUCGCCCCUACCUCAGCUUUGUGCUACCAGCUCUUGCACUAGACUACGAGACCGGAAAGCAGCUGCCUGCCGGUUGGUGCGCGGUUUCACCGUUGGAGGCCGCCUUCAUCAGCCACUUUGCCAGCUCGUCUGAUGAGGAGCAGAAGCGUCUGCUGGGCGCUGCCAAGUCAAGUGGAGUCUAUGAGAUGGAUACCGCGGUCUACAGCACCGUGCCACGGCGGCAGUGUCUGCCAGAGGGAGGACUUGCCCUCAACUGGCACAUGCCACAGCAAGAAUUGGUGGGACUCCUCGCUAUCAAGCCAGGCGAGCCUUGCGCGCUGCAUACCACUUUUGAGGGACGGCUGUCGGCCAUCAGUGCGCAGGGGUUUGAGUGGCACGUCGAUAUCAAGCAGGUGAAAGGGGCAAAGGAUGCGGGCCUGUUUUUGCUCUGCAAGAUACCGGCAGCGUAUAAGGCUGGGGGCUCACGGCUUGGCAGUCCGAAGGCCAUGCUCACGCUGACCGGUUUCGAAUCAAAAGUGACUGUCAACCGCUGGCAAGGCGGAGCCAAGGCAGAUGUCAUUGUCAAGCCGUACAGCAAUUUCUUUCUGGCGGACUCCGGCGGAUGG